AUGUCCCACCUCCAAUACUUCAACUACAAAGGCGUCGGCGAACGCAACCGCCAGAACUUCAAAUACAGCCAGGCCGUCCGCAUCGGCGACCGCAUCGAGUGCGCCGGACAAGGCGGCUGGGACCGCGAAACCGGCUCAUUCUACAAAGAAAUCAACGCGCAGAUCGACCAGGCCUUCGCGAACGUCGAGCACAACCUGCGCGACGCCGGCGGCGAGGGCUGGAACCAGGUCUUCCGCGUGAACUCGUACCAUGUGCCCAUUAACGACGAGGCGCUGGCGGCGAUGGUGAGGAAUUUUCGGAAGUAUUGUCCGGACCAUGAGCCGAUUUGGACUUGUGUUGGGGUUACGCGGUUGGGGGAGGAUGAUAUGAGGGUAGAGAUUGAGGUUGUGGCGCAUGUGCCGAAUUAG